AUGAAUUCCAGCGGCAACUCGGAGUCUUCCUUGGCUGCUAAUCUUUCUUCUUCGUUGUAUGAGCCCACAGAUUCUCCAACCCCAGCUGUGAUCGGACCAGCCACCACCACUACCAGCACAUCUCCAUCUUCUUUUCACUCCUCCUCUGACCCACUCCAGAUCCCCACCAUCACUGCAGCAGUUGCCACUGCAGAAGCUACUCCAGCUAUAGCGACUGCAGUUCCACAUUCAGAUCUCUAUUUUUCAUCAUCUCCAACCUCUUCUGGAUCCAUUUCUAUGCCUAUAUCAACCUCUUCAUCCUCUCCACCAUCAGCACUCUCACUAUCCCAACUUGAGUCCCGAAUCUCUGGCCGUAGCUCUUCUUCAACCUCUUCACCUGGCCAUCCUUCUACUACUUCUACUACUUCUACCACUAGAACUCGAAGUAAAUCGCCAACUCACACUUUCUCUCGUAACUACGCACGAGGAUUUGCAUCUCCACCUUCGUUAAGUAACCCCAAUACCACCACUACUACUACCACAAGCACGGCUCCAACUUCUAAUUCAUCAAUAGCCGGCUCUAAUACCAUGGAAACCACUGAAAAAAAUAUUCCCUCUUUAAAGGUUCCGACUCUUCGAUCAACUCGGGGGUCUAGGGCCCGCUCUUCUUCUGUCACAACACCAUUAAGUGAAGACACUAUGAAAAACAUUGCAACAAAACCUGCAUCAAGUCCACUCCAGUCUCCUCGUAGACUUUCUCCAAGUAAAAAUCGAAAUGAUUCCAAAUCAAAUAAUACUGACGAAACUUACUUUCUUAAUACUCGGACUAUAAAUGCUAAUGAAUCAAACAUUAGUGGAUCUGGGGAUUCAACUCUUAAUGAAUUUCAACAACCACCACCACCACCACAACAACAACAACAAACUUUGACUGCAGCAAGUGUUAAAAAAAUCACCGGAGAAGAAAAAGAAUUCUCCGAAACAGACGACACGAAUACCAAUGACCAGUGGAAACGACGAGACUUUCAAAUCGCCAAUGGUGAAGGCAAUUUUAGUUCUGAGAGCGUCAAGGAAAAUGUAGAUGACAAAACAAUUUCCCAUCACCGCAAAAACCCUUCUGCAGAUAUUAAAAAUAGCACCCUCAAAGCAACUAGCAAUAACACUGAGGUGAUCCAAACCAAUAAUAAUAGCCAAUCUUCCAAAGGUCGCAGUACUAUCAGUGGCCGACGCGCUAGAAGCAACAGCAAAAGUGUCUCGGCAGUGCAGAUCCUCGGCGAAGUCACAGAACUCUCACUAACUGCACCAGUGACCAAACCUGGUUCUCCUCUGAAAUCUGACGAUCCAGGGUUGAAUAAUAUCCAGGGGACUGUGACCGAUAAUUAUAACCCCAAUUUACAUUCAGACUGGGCCGAUCUCCGGAAACAUGACAAGAAAGAUCAGACCGAAGAAACCUCAGAAAAUCAACAGCAAUGGUUCCAACAAGAGUCCACUGCUAAUCACAUCAUCGAGCAUACUCUUUCAAACCUCAAAAAGCUUGAAAAUACAUCUCCAGAACCUUCUACAUCUCAAGCACUACAACAGCCAUUUGUUAGCGACGUACCCAACGACGCCCCAAUCCCCACUUCUUCUUCUUCUUCUUCCAGCCCCACAAUAAACACCGCCACAAUUGGAAACCAAAACACAAACACAAACACAACAACCACAACCACCCUUUUGAAACAUCUUGAUAACUCAGACGACAUGCGGGUCAUCUUCGGGUCCGGAAGCGUUGAUCAAGAUAAUCAAGAUAAUCAAGAUAAUCAAGAUAAUCAAGAUAUAGUGGAUAUCACUGAUCAUGUAGAAGCUAAAGACGACGACGACAAUGGCAGCCUUAAGGAUCGCAUCGAUAUUGAUGACGAAGAAAAGUUUGGCUCCCUCCUGACUUUUCUUUCAGAAGCCCAGGUCAAGGACCUUGACUACAUUGGCAACGUAUACAACAACAUUAACUCCAUCUUUGACUUGGAGCGCUAUCUUUCCACUCUCGUGGCCAACGAGUCCACUCUUAACUUUCUGGUGACGCCACCUGGAGUGGCAACCCCAGUCGUUUGGACUUUCUUGCAUAUUAAGCGACUAAUUAAAGAGCUCAACUGGCUGGCAGUUGCCAUCUCACUUGAUGGAUGCGGCAACCCAGCAACCCGACCUGAUUGCACUACUAUGGUCCGAGGCCCACCAGGGUCGCCAACGGUAAUGUGUGGAAGCGGACACUCACGACCACACCGUUGCAGUGCCAUGGAUUACGUGUGGCAUACUCUUGACUGGGCCAUGGAUACUGUUAACAUUGGCGUCAUUGACUUGGACCGACCACUGAGUACCAUUAUGCCGGCGCUGACCGUGCGUACAUUGACAGUGGCAUUCAAACGACUUUUCCAGAUUUUCGAGCAUGCUUGGUACUUUCACGAACGUGUCUUUAUUGCAUUUGAAAACGUUACAAAUCUGUAUCAACGAGCUCUUGCCUUUGGAUUGUUUUCCAAAAUGUUAACUCGAGUUCCUCUUAUUCCUUACAAGUUGGCAUUCAAGCCCGAAGAAAUUACAGGGCUAGACGAGGAAUCCUACAUGAAGGAACUCACAUAUCUGGUUCAAAAUGCACAUCGCAGCAUGAAUCCGCAUUCAUUUUCAAUGGCACACAUGCGGGCCAUGGGCAUGUAA